UGCUCAAACGACAACUGAACAGCAGAAACGAAACGUGCGUCAAAAAUGAAAUCGAAAAUGUCCUUUGAAAUGUGUAAUUUGUCAAUAUUCAAAAUAUGAAGUAAUUUAUAACUAUUUACAAGUUGAUUGUUUCAUAUUUACUCGAUAAUAGUACCAUAUUAUACACCAGUACAUCUGUUUUGUUAUUACGUGAUAUAUUUUUUCUUUGAACCGGUGGAGGUUAUGAAAUGAGAACUUCUUUUUAAUUUAUUAUAUUUUCUGUAAACCCGUUGAUUGGUUAUGAAAUACUAAGCGAACUGAAAGUAUUACGUAAACAUGUCGAGAAUACUGCACAAUCGCAUAAGAUCAUCAUUUAAAAAGUCACAAUGGCCAAUUGUAGACAAAAGGGCAGUUGCAUUUUCCAUUUGGACAGGCCGCAGUGUGCUGCUCCACAAACCUAUAGACCCCAGUCAUAUACAUCGGAGAAAGUAUGGUAUGCUGGUGGCCAGGGCUGUGCGAGGGGUGCUGAAGAUCAGGUACCUCCUGCUUGGUGGAGCCGUGGGAGGCGGCAUGACAUUAAAUAAGAAAUACACAGAAUGGAAGGAUGGCUUACCGGACAUGGGCUGGUUGAAUGAACUGCUGCCUGACAAUGAACAGUGGGACCGAUUCACUACCACACUCAUUGACGCCAAGGAGAGGAUUGGAGACCAGCUGCAAAUCGGUGUCCCACUGACGCUGUCGGUGCACAUAGAUCCGCGGCUGCGCGAGGCGGGGCUGGCGCGCGCGGCCGAGCUGCGCGGCUGGCUGAGCCAGCGCUACGAGGACGCUGUGGCCGCCGCCGCCGCUAAUAACGCCGCCAAUAUCGUUCUGAUGAAUGCCACAGACGAGCCUCAGAAGAUAGUGAACAACCUCCAGAGCCGGCCAGCGCCAUCUCUCGCCAGGGGACCGAACGAGGAUACUACUGCUUAUGAAAAGCGUGUCCACGCAUUACAAGAGGAAGUUCUAGCGCUUCAGGCUCGCUACCAGCGCGAGCUGCAGCGCCUGGAGCAGGAGAACAGAGAGCUGCGACAGCAGAACAUGCUGCUGCGGCAGGGCCGGCAGCCUUCCACCAGGAAAAUGAAGCGCUCCCUGAUCGACAUGUACUCGGCGGUGCUGGACGAGCUGUCGGGCUGGGAGGCGGGCGACACGGACCGCCUGCCGCGCGUCGUGGUGGUGGGCGACCAGUCCGCCGGCAAGACCUCCGUGCUCGAGAUGAUCGCGCAGGCGCGCAUCUUCCCGCGCGGCGCCGGCGAGAUGUGCACCAGGGCUCCUGUGAAGGUGACCCUAUCCGAGGGUCCGUACCAUGUGGCCCAGUUCAGGGACUCCGCGCGGGAGUUUGAUCUCAAUAAGGAAUCCGAUUUGGCUGAUCUCAGGAAGGAGGUGGAGUUGCGCAUGCGCAACAGUGUGCGCGGCGGUCGUACAGUGUCCACUGACGUCAUCAGCAUGUCUGUGAAGGGCCCCGGCCUGCAUCGUAUGGUGCUAGUCGACCUGCCCGGAGUUAUAUCGACUCAAACAGUGGACAUGGCGGCGGACACUCGCGACGCUAUCAAGCAAAUGACUAAGAAUUACAUGGACAACCCCAACGCCAUCAUACUCUGUAUACAGGAUGGCUCAGUGGACGCGGAGCGUAGCAACGUGACGGACCUGGUGUCGUCGUGUGACCCGGGCGGCAAGCGGACCAUCUUCGUGCUCACCAAGGUCGACCUGGCUGAGGAGAACCUCGCCAACCCCAACAGAAUCCGGCGCAUCCUGGAAGGCAAGUUGUUCCCUAUGAAGGCGCUGGGCUACUACGCGGUGGUGACGGGCCGCUCGCGCAAGGACGACUCCAUACAGAGCAUCCGCGAGUACGAGGAGAGGUUUUUCAGGUCUUCCAAACUCUUCAAGGACGGGCUAGUGACGCCGUCGCAGGUGACGACCCGCAACCUGUCCCUGGCGGUGGCGGACUGCUUCUGGCGCAUGGUGCGGGCCUCCGUGGAGCAGCAGGCAGACGCCUUCAAGGCCAUGAGGUUCAACCUCGAGACCGAGUGGAAGAAUACCUUCCCCAGACAGCGCGAGCUGGACCGCGACGAGCUGUUCGAGCGCGCGCGCGCGGAGCUGCUGGACCAGUCGGCCGAGCUGUCGGCCGUGGCGGCGCCCGCCUGGGAGCUGCGCCUGCAGGCCGCGCUGUGGGCCGCCGCCGCCGAGCGCGUGUUCGCCAGCAUCUACCUGCCCGCCGCCGCCAACGCGCAGCAGGACGUCGACAAGUUCAACACGGCGGUGGACAUCAAGCUCCGCGAGUGGGCCGAGUCGGAGCUCCCGCUGGCGUCCAUCCGCGCGGGGCGGGAGGCGCUGCGCGAGGAGUUCUCCGAGCUCAUGCGGCGCGGACACGACUCCGACCCCGUGUACGAGCCCGUCAAGCGGGAGGCCGUGGACGAGGCCCUGCGCAGGCAUCAGUGGGAGGACCGCGCGCAGGAUGUCCUGCGAGUCCUGCAACUGAACGCGCUGCAGGACCGCAGCGUGUCGUCCCGCCAGGAGUGGGACGCCGCCGUCACGCUCAUGGACGCCGCUAUCAAGGAGCGGCUGGACAUCACGCAUCACGAGCUCAAGGAACUUACUGGUCCUGGCUUCAAAGAGCGCUGGCUGUACUGGCAGACCAGCUCUGAGGAGCAGGCGCGGCGCGGCGAGGUCCGCGCGGAGCUGGAGCGGCUCGGGGUCGCGCGCCCCGCGCUGGCGUACGACGAGGUCGUGGCCGUCAGGGACAACCUGCGCAGGCGGGGGAUCGAGGUCGACAACGACUAUAUACGGGAGACCUGGAAACCUGUGUAUCUCAAAAACUUCCUUCAGCGCGCACAAACCCGAGCUCGGGACUGCCGGAAGAGUUUCUACCUGUAUAGUCAACAAAAUGGAAAUGGGAAGGAGUGCUGCGAGGUGGUGAUGUUCUGGCGCGUGCAGCAGACGCUGCGUACGACGGCCAACGCACUGCGACAGCAGAUAGGGAACCGCGAGGCCGCCCGCCUCGACCGCGAGCUGCGGGAGGUGCUGGACGAGAUGGCAGCCGACCCUGAACUUAAAAAGAAGCUACUGUCUGGCAGACGAGUGGAAUUAGCAGAAGAACUGAAACGAGUGAGACAAGUCCAAGAGAGAUUAGAAGAGUUCAUAGAGGCGCUUAAUAAAGAGAAAUAAUCGAUAGCUUGUAAAUUGUAGUUAUUACGUAUGUACUGUAUACACAGGGGGCGCUGGCGUCAAUGCGGCGUCCGUUCAGCGUUGUUGUAAUUUAUUAUUGUGUAAAUGUUGACGCGUCAUAGAUUUAUGUAGGUUGAGAAAUGUUAGUAAGUAAAGCUUGCGAGAUUAAACUUUAGGAGCUCGUGGCUAAGCUAGAACUGCAUAAGUGAAUCGAU